AGGCAGGAGAACGAGAGAUCUGGAGACACAGAACAAAAGGUUUGUGAUCACUAGGCGGUGACUUCGACAACCGUGCUGGAACACAGGGCCACAUGAGAGCGAGGGUCUUCACUCUCGUCCUCCCGCCACUGCGCAAAGUCACGGCACUGCGACACCACCGCCCACAUCCCGUCUCACCUGGACAUCUCACCUGAGCACCCGCAUAACGGUGCCCCGCUUCGAGAGUGCCACCAGAGGAAGUUAAAUGCCUUCGUCUCUCAUGGAUCUUGGGUGUACUUGAGUGUGAUGUGAUCUUCAAACCCUCGUGGUGUUUUUUGGAUGUAAUUACGUUACUGUAUGAAAUCAGUGCAAUUCCUGGAGAUUAUCAAACAGUGCCAAUAACCAACAGCAGUGCCUAAAUAGUGCCAGCCCCGUGCAACUUCAGUGCCGUGACAUAAUGCAAACGGUGCCAUUGCAAGGAUCGUAACCAGUGGAAGCAUUUGAAAGUGGUGCCGCAGAUAAUGUGCUUGAAGGCCCUAAUUCCCUUUGCCAAGCUUCCUUACGAGUGUAACCAAUAGCAAACGUAAUGGGUACCGCAGUUACCAACUUGUGUCCUCUUAGGUCGCCGUCGUGGAUUUAAGCGCGACUGAGAGUGUGAUUUUAACACAGUGUGUGUUUGUGUGUGUCCCUAACGUUGUCCUUUAUUGGAGUUACUUCACGGCGUCUUCCACACAACAACGUUCACCAUGAGUACGAUCUCAGACUUCCAAGAUAUGUGGCAGGACAUCGAGACGGUGCUGCUGGGAGACACAGGAGGAGCGGAUCCUGAGGCCGGUCAUUCCAUCAGUGUUGGCACCGAACAUCCUACCACGCCCACCUCUUCGUCACCGGCCAUGUUUACAGCGCCCUCUCUCCCGCAGACUCCCUCCAUAUUAUCGCAGGCGCUAACAGCGCCCCUGACGCCCAGACUACAUUCACUGCAGUAUACAAACUACUGCCCUCCUCCCCUCCCGCCUGCCCCUCCCCAAGAGCCAAUUAUAACCCCGCUGGGCAAUGACGAGGGUCCUGGCGGAUACCACGUCCCGAAUGAAGAGAACCAGAAUUACCGAGGGCCCUCUCCCCCCUCGAUGGUCAUGGAUACCAGCAACUACCAGAGUCAUCAGUACGCCUCCCCUUACCACGCCUACAUCGAGGGGAGCCUGGAAGUGGACACCUACAUGGCCGAGGAGCUGCAGCCCCAAUUCCAGCCUAAUGUCAUAGAGGCUCCUCCCAUGGUUCAAGCAGAGGACUUCGUCGACCUCGACGCUCUGGCCAAGAGCGCCGCCGAGGGUCAUUACUACGGAGGCGAGGCACAUCAGUCGCAGCACAUGAAGCACGAAAUGGAACAGGAACAUUACCACUACGGAACAGUCGAGUCCCCGACAAAGCUUCCCUCUAUCGCCACCUUUCAGCCCAGAACUCACGCUCUGGCAUUCAACAACUAUGGCACGACCUUACCGCCGGUUUCAGCCGUUACAGGAUCACAGCAACAACAGCAGAUGCAGCAAUCACAAAUGAAUGGGCAGCACCAACAUCAGCUGCAACUCCAGCAGCAGCAGCCGCAGCAGCAACAGGGGGAGGGGGCGGCACCCCCUCUCGCAGCACCGAACCCAUCGUCAGCUCCGCAACCACCUGGUUUAGGAGGAGUCGCACCGGUCACGUAUAAGAUGACGCAGGUCACAUAUACUCACGGCCAGAUGUCGCCCCCUGCCUCUCCAGACAACGAGGAGCUGCCCCCUGGAGUGAGAGCGUCUUCUAGUGUGACCGUGCUUGGAGGUAACCCUCCCCUAACUAGUACCCACUCCCUCACGAGACAGACACUACAGACGCUGGUUAAAGUCAUGACCCCGCCGUCUUCGCCCAAUCUCUCAGAGUUGCUCUCCACCCCCGUCACCACCGCCGCCUCCUGUCAGGCCCUCACUCUCACAGGUUCUGAACAUCGCCUCACCCCCUCCUCCCAAGAACAAAAGCAUCCUUCCCCCGCCCCUCCCCCGCCUCCUCCUCCUCCAGCUGUAGAACCUCCGGUGCCACCUCCACCGCCGGACGAGCCGGAAGCCAAGGCUGCCAAGAAACCCACCAGCCGAAAGAAAAUCACGGCGCACACUUGUCAGCACCCGGGCUGUCAGAAGACGUACACCAAGUCAUCCCAUCUGAAGGCCCAUCUACGCACCCACACAGGGGAGAAGCCCUACAUGUGCAACUGGAAAGGCUGCGGCUGGAAGUUCGCGAGAUCAGACGAGCUCACCCGGCAUCUCCGCAAGCACACAGGCGACAGACCUUUCCGAUGUCGACUGUGCGAACGAGCCUUUUCGAGGUCCGACCACCUCAGUUUACAUAUGAAAAGGCACGUGAGUGUGUAACCUGCACUUGAACAAGGUUUUGCGUGCACUUGAACAAUUCCAAAACCCACUGUACAUACGCAGCCGGUGUACAAAGGCCAGGAUCCUCUCCGGCCAAAGGAAGAGGGUCGGGCCUCACUUAUGUUACCACGUGCCCCCAACAGACUGAUCUGAUUUGUGUUCACGCAGACCCAAGCAUACACGCACCCAAAAGCAUGCCUAGUAUAUUCUUGACCUACUUCUGACUGAAUGUGAAACCGUCGAGUUCUAUACCGUAAGACAAAAAGCAAACACAAAUUUGUCUGUAUAAAGAGCAACCAAUAGACCAUGGUACUGGGUACAAUUAGGGCCUAAAGCCUGAUAGUUAAUGACAGUUUUGGAUGUUAGACAUAUCACAGCCAGAAAAAAACUUAUUACAUCAUGCACUUUAAAUACACUAUCUUCAAAUCCAUUUUAAUUCUGUUAUCUACCGAUUCGUGUUGACUAUCCUCCUGCACAAUAUACAGGAUGUUCUGGGAACCAUAUAAUUAGAAUCCACUAGCAGAAGAUUUACAUAUUUUAUGAUACAGUACAUCUUAUCAUUGUUGGAUUAAAUAUUAAAACAAACUAAAUUUAUAAAACAAAAAUUAGGAUGAAACAUCAAGCAGCAAAGAUUACUGACUAACGAUGAGGUUAACAUUGUAUAGUUUUAUGAAAACCUACGGGAUAUAGAAGAGAGAGAGAUGACUGUAUAGUAAUAACAUGAGGGAGUUUAGGCCAAGGGAAUAAAAUAGAAGAGAGAGAGAGAGAGAGAGAGAGAGAGAGAGAGAGAGUAUUCGUGAAAACGCCUCUUUACGCACUUGCACAUUCAUCACAUCAUUAUUAUAGCUGCCUUCGCCCAGAUGUUGCGUGGUCUGCCCAAUUAUCCAAGGGCAGGCAGGGGAAAUGAAGGGGCCAUUUGGGACCGAGUAGGGAGGGAGGCCUCUAAUGCCCAAUAUUGACCAUAUCCUCUCGUCACGUUCACUGAUAUUUCAUUUUAUAUUAGAUUUUUUUAUUAUACAUACAAUUACAUGUCCUGUGAAGGCCAAAGCUCUUUUGGCUGUUAAACAUUUUAUUAGAUAAACGAAAUUGGUUUUCCUUUCAGUUCGUCGUACAUGAUUGUAUUAGCACUUUAUUAUCAUAAUAAAGUAACCCUCGUGUUUAAUGCACGAUUAAUUCCAAAUAAGUCUGUUACUGUUGUUUUACACUGCUUAUAUCUUUUCUAAAUUAUUUCUCUUCUUCACUGAAGUUAGAUAACUCUGAAAUCCAGAUUUAUCAUUAUAGCUCUAUAUUUAAUUGCCGAAACUAUACUACCCUCGACAGGGCCGUAUUUUCAGUUAUACACUAAACAAAAUUGUAUGCUCUUGUAGCAUACAAGCGUUUCAUAUCCUUUAAUAAUUACAACUUUUGUACCAUCACCGUGUGGUCUAACAUCUUACAUGACAAAAUAUCACUCACAAAAUACAGUUAUCCUGAGAUACAAAAAUGUAUUUUGAGUUACCCGCAAAAAUGAGAUCUUAUUACCAUGGUUUGCGUAAAACAAAAGGUUGCUUGUUUUUACCGGACAAACUACAUAUUACCAAAUAUUGCUCAUUCUGUGCCAUAAAUCACGAGGAUAUGUAAUAUCAAAGAGAAAAGCUAUAUACUCUUGUACAGGCUGAAACAUUUGUACAGAAAUAAUUUCUAUAUAAGGACGGAAUCUAUUUUGAAGUAUUAACAUUUAUAAUCAAAAGCUAGUCUUCUAUGCCAUAAAAUAGAGAAAAACUAUGUUGAAUAUAGAAAUUUAAUUCUAGGCAAAGAUUCAUUUCAGCUUCCCUCCUCUUUCAUUUCAAUUCUCUCUUAGAGUCCAAAAGCGAUGCCUUCCCGAGUAAAGAGAAACAGAAAGGUAAAAAGAAAAAAUAAUAGUCAACGCUAAAAUGCCGUGAUGAAAACAGUGAGAGGCAAUUCGGGGACAACAUAAAUUUUGUCGUGUGCUCGGAAGGCCAAAGGGAGCAGCCGGAAUGGCGGGAAGAUAGCGGAGACUGAACGAAGAGCCAGCAAGUAUAGCACGAAUGGAUGGGGAGGAGGAUUCCCCAAAGCGAGGAAGAUCCUCGCCGUCCUCCUCCUCUUCACCAGUGCCUUCCCCCAAGAGCCCUCUAUCCUCACCUGUAACUCCUCCCACUAGCAGGCUCUUACUUUUUUUUUUUUUUUUUUUUUUUCUAGUUUCCAGGAGGCCCAAAGGCUUCCAUUUUCAUUACGGUAAUGGAGUUUGCUGCCAUCUGGUGAGCCCCGCGGGACGUUGGUGCUGAUACCUUGUCACGUCAUCGCUAGCGCCUAACACGCGAACUACCCACUCUUGUUGGUGUCUCUACUUACUGCCUUGCCUCUGGCUAAUGACGUGUGCUAUUAAUUACGACAGCCAGUUUUAAUUAGGAUUAUGACCUUUCAAUUUUUUUUCUUCCCCUUUUCACUCAAGUUCCGCCCAUCCCGCCUAUUAUUUUCUCCUGAUCUAGAAACAUUUCUAAAAUGUACAUAAUCACUCUGUAUCGUGUUGUCUUUCGCACUGAGAUGACGAACACCACCAUUAGUACCUCACGGUGGGUGACUGGAAGAUGUGAUCAUGAUGAUUUCGUUUUCCCCUCGACGGUUUCACGCUACGGUGUACUGCAACUGCUAUACGGGAUAGAGGCGCCCAGGGCAUCUGUCGCUCGAUGCCAUGACGAGAGACGACUUCACUGUGUCCGAUUGUGUGCGUGUGUGGUUGUCUUUGGGUGACCAGCAAAGGUGUGUCUAAUCGGUCGAGAGAAAGGGGCAUCCAUGCCCUGUAUAGCUUAACAACGUUAGUUUUCAAUGUAGUUGGAAGUAGAGCUGUCAGCCGGCAUUUAUGCGAUGCCGGCCGUAUCCAUGGAUGUAUGUAUACUUUACACAUCAUGUUUAAGGUGCUUAAAUUCUCUGAUAUGUGAAGUCAAAACACUGUAUAACUUUAAGAUUAAAUACCUUUUUUUGUAUAUAAUUUCUCAUGGUUCCAAAGGAGCUCUACAGUAUAUAGGUUGAUAUAUAUUAUAUUACAUAAUAGAAGACCGAUUUUCUUCGGCCGUUUUUAUGGAAGUUGUGUUCUGUAGCUCUCGCCUGUUCACAUUCACAACAAAGAAGGUUGUAGGUUUCUGAAUUCACCAAGUUGUUAUUCCCAGUCUUACGUUUACAUAACAAUCAUUUAAGUCAACUUAUCAUCAAUUGCAAACAAAAUGUCAGCAAUUUCAAAUUUUUUACUGCUUAUGAUAUAAUACCAAUCAAAUUCAUUCAUCCACAUGUGAAUAUAGAACUAAGUUUCAUUUGAUAAUUCAGGGUGAAUUAAGAAGCCAUCAACAUUAUUAUCCAACUGUAACUUACAACUAUUGCACCAAGAUUACUGCAACAGAGGGCGACUAACUAAUAUGACAAGAUUAUGAUUUUUGAAAUUCAUCUUAUUUUUUUUUUUUAUAAAUCAGUUUUCAAAAAUGAAAUCCAACUGAGGUCGCCAGCAGUUCUUGAGCCCGACACUAAUUGCUGUUGAAGUUGUAAAAAAAAAAAAAGAACUGGUUUUGGUGUGUACAAAACUUAUCUCUGAUCUCUCAUCGUGGCACCCGCCUUACGUGUACCAGUACUUUCAAGUACUAACCGCACUUGCUGUAGUAAUGUCGUGAACGCUGUAUGCAUUCGAGUAACAUUCGGUCCUGAUCCGCAGCCAAUGACCGUUGCUACGGAAGAACCGAAAUGUGCAAAAAUGUAUUUCUGAGGCUCUGUAAUUCAUGCACGUUUCAAUGUAUGAAUAAAAUUGUGACAGUGUUUGUUGUUCAAUGUACUAUUCGUUUUUUUAAAGCUUUAAUAAAGUUUUUUUGAUGUUAUUUACUUACUAGAGAUUUAUGAAUCAGUGAAUUGUCCAGAUGUUUUACAGUUGAGACAAUACAGUCGACCACUACAGCAGGAGUGGAAGAAAAAAAAAAAGAAAAAAAAUAGAGAAAAUCCUUCCCUCAGGGAAGGUGGUAUUGGACACAAGUAUGGUACCCGCGGGCAGAUUACACGCCAACGCUCCACACAACUUUAACUCUUAGAUCAUUAAGCACUUGUGUAAUUUAGAUCUUUUUUUAUCUGAUGAAAUAAUCCCAAAUUUCCCAGAUUUCAUCUUCUGAUGCGAGUGGCCCAUUCGCUUUAGACUGUCGUGACGAUGAUAGUCGUACGUCCCCCUUCCGGUUUUAGUAAAUACGCAAAGUUUGACAAUAAAUUGCCUUGGGAGGGAGUUAUUGAACCAACCAGCUCGUUUUGAAGAAAAUUUACAAUAACACAAGACAAUAAUUCAUAAAAACUGAAUCAGUCAAGACUAUUCCCCAUAGACCCCAUGUAUAUAGAAGCACACUUCGCUGAUUAUCGGGUUUAAAGCGUGUAGGCCACGUCGAAUCUCUCUAUUACAGGCCAUAGAGUUGAAAUCCCUAUGUCCUUCAUAUGUGAUACUAGUCCUUAAAGAAGUGCAUAGUAUGUAGGAUGAACAUGUACAUUAUGUAGAUUUCUCGCUGUCUCUAAUGUCUACUUUAUAAUAUUUGCUUGUAUAUCGUGCUCAUAAAUUCAUCGCAGUUAAAAAAAAAAAACUGUCAAAAAUAUACAGUUCUUAAUGUUAAAAGUAAAAACAUAUGAAAAAUAUGUCAUCUUCCUGAUUAUCCCUUUUUGUCUUUUCGAUGUAAUUUAUUCUCUUAACUUUCUGAACAGGUGUAAUUAAAUGCAGCCAAACUACUUGAGGUUUUCCUGGAUAUUUUUUGCUAUGGAUGUAAAUUGCCAGGAUGGUCGGCAACUACCAGUUACGGAUUAUGGUUAUCUUUGAUUCCUUAGUGUCCAAAUUUGUUUAUUUUCAGUUUAUUACAUUUCAUUUACAACUAUUCCUAAAUCUAGUUUACUAACAUCACCACUCACAAUAUGCAACUAUUCAUGACAUUCCCGAAUAGAGAAAUGUCAUAUAUUUCAUUAAAUUUCUACACCGCUUAAUUCGCUAAUAAACUGUCUCUAGAGAGAGAGAAAAAAGUAUUUCUCAAAAAAGCCAAGAUGUAACUGGUAAACUGAUCCCUGACAAUAUAUACAUAUACUUUUUUUUUGCAGGAUGGUGCUUCUAUAUAAAUGUUUAUAGUACCUGAUAACUUUGAUAUGAUUUUUUUGUUUGUUUAUUGUCAUGUACAGCCCUUUUUGUAUUUGUCAGUCAAGGUUAUAUGUUUUGGUUAUCAGUGACGUGGAUCGUUGUACGUAUAUACAUAUGCUGUAUUUGUCUCGUUCUGUUAAAAGUGACGUCUGUAAAGUUGGCUGUAAUAUUUAUAAAGACCAGCAUCUUCAACCUUUUUUUUUUUAAUGAUUUCUCAAUAGAAUUCUUUCCCCAGUCCAUUACGCCAUCCUGUAAGACCAUUAUUUUAUCUCAUUUUCUUUCUCCACUUUGUUUUAUUAGCCUCUGGAGUAUCCUUCAGGGGGAUGGUAUGGUAUACUACGAGAAAAUGUAAAAAAAAAUAUAUAUAUGAAUGUAUUUAUAUAACACAAAUGCAACAGCUACGGUGAAAUGUAUAGCGUGAUUUUGACCAACUGUAUAAUCAUUGUAUCUGAAAAAGCCCAAUAAAUGAAGCAAAACCAAUAAUCUUUCUGAGUAUGCCAUUCCUGCCCCUAGCCCAAAUGCCAUUGCCUGACUAAAGACUUUCCAAUUGUUUAAAUAGAAAAAAAAAGAAAAAAAAGGACUUUAAGACUCUUAAAAGUCUCUGAAGACUAUGAUUCUUCUUGGUGGAAUUCUAACUCAGAUUUUAAAAGAUGAAUGGUGCAAGACUUUCUCUGUAAGUCUUUUACGACCAAGAUUCUUAUUGGUUUAAUUCAAAUCUAGGAGGAAGUGAGGGAACUCCCGAUUUCAGUCUGAGCAGGUUUUUGGUAUUCGGACAAGGACGAUAGAGGAACACAGCGAGAGAGCGAGAGCGAGCGAGCGAGAGAGAGAGAGAGAGGGAGUGAGAGACAGAUAAUUAUAUUAAAAAAAUGUCUAUAUAUAUCUGUGCGUGUGAGGAUGUGCCCAUGUUCUGAGAGUAAACGAACCUUUGUUCAACGACUUAAGUUGCAACAAAUGAAACGUAAAUAUAUAUAGUAUAUAUAUUAGUCUUAUCUUUAUUGUCAAUAUGAUUUCUAAUAACUGCUUUUUAAACAGCUGUCCUUUUGAUGACGAUUUAUUAAUAGAAUUGUUUUCCAAACGAGAUCCCAUUGUGACAUCUCAGACAUUUGUAACAUUUUUUUUAUCAUCUUUUAUUUCGGUAUUAUUCCUUCGCAACCGCAACAUCACAGGGACAGCUGGAACACUGCAGUCAAUUCUGGACAUUUCUCAUGACCCCCUCAUUCUGCCCUUCUCAACUACCCCCAUUCAUAACACCCUUUGUAAACAAUCCCUCCCCUUCCCUGCUUGAAGUGCAUUUGUAACGUUUUGUGGCUGUUAUGUAACUUGCUGUAACAUUCCAUACAUAUAGUUUAGGCAGCAAUAACCGCCACUAGAAUCUACGCAUUCGGUGUACGAAACUCUA